CCGGGCGGGGCGGCGGCCAUUCCUCUGCUCCGCGGCCGCCCCCUCCGCCCCUUCCUGGCCGCGGCGAGAGGCGCUGUGCUGGCAGCGGGGGAGCGGCGGCGCCCAGCUCGCUGCCCGCCAUGGCGAUCCGCAAGAAGAGCAACAAGAACCCGCCGGUGCUGAGCCACGAGUUCAUCGUGCAGAACCACGCGGACAUCGUGUCCUGCGUGGCCAUGAUCUUCCUGCUGGGGCUCAUGUUCGAGAUUACAGCAAAAGCAGCUGUCAUUUUUGUUACACUUCAGUAUAAUGUUACCAUUCCUGCCACAGAAGAACAAUCUGCAGAAACAAUCUCUCUCUAUCAUUACGGUAUCAAGGAUUUGGCUACAAUUUUCUUUUACAUGCUUGUAGCAAUAAUCAUACAUGCUAUUAUUCAGGAGUAUGUACUGGAUAAAAUUAACAGGAAAAUGCACUUUUCAAAAACAAAGCAUAGCAAGUUCAACGAAUCUGGGCAACUUAGUGCAUUCUACCUUUUCUCCUGUGUUUGGGGCACAAGUAUUCUUGUCUCUGAGAACUAUAUAUCAGAUCCUACCUCUCUGUGGAGGGACUACCCACACACUCUGAUUCCAUUUCAAAUGAAGUUUUUCUACAUCUCACAGUUGGCAUACUGGUUUCAUGCUUUUCCAGAACUGUACUUCCAGAAAACCAAAAAAGAGGAUAUCUUUCGCCAAAUUGUAUACAUUGGACUUUAUCUCUUUCAUAUUGCUGGAGCCUAUCUUCUAAAUCUGACCCAUCUUGGACUUGUUCUUCUGGUAUUGCAUUACUUUGUUGAAUUUCUUUUCCACAUAUCCCGACUUUUCUACUUCAGUGAUGAAAGAUAUCAGAAGGGGUUUUCGCUGUGGGCAGUUCUCUUUGUUUUGGGAAGACUUCUCACUUUGAUUCUUUCUGUCCUCACUUUUGGUUUUGGACUGGCAAGAGCAGAAGAUCAGCAGCUGAAUUUCAGUACUGGGAACUUUAAUAUCCUGGCUGUUAGAAUCAGUGUACUGGCCUCUAUCUGUAUGGCUCAAGCAUUUAUGAUGUGGAAGUUCAUUAAUUUCCAGCUUCGGAGGUGGAGAGAACAUUCUUCUUCUCAGCCUCAGUCAGUGAAAAAGAAGUUUGUAACAGCUAAAGGAAAGACCUCCAGAAAAGAAAGAGAAAAUGGAAUAAAUGGAACAGUGACCUCAAAUGGAGCAGACUCGCCUCGUAGCAGGAAGGAAAAAUCCUCGUAAAACUGGGUUUUAUUAAGUUAAUUGACUAAUGUCCCCAAAGAAUCUGCUUUUUACAUGGAAGGCCCUUCAGCACUAGAGAUGUUACAGAUUAAAGAAAAUACAGUUCAUGUUUUUUGAUUAUUGCUAUUGUUUUGUGAAACUUUUUUUAAAAGCCAUUUUGACUAAGAAGGGUCUAUCUGUCUUCAAAUACUUGGGGGGGUGCAACACUUUUUAAACAACAUUGACACUUUUUUAAACAUUUAUUGUGAUGAAAUCACUUAAUGAGGAUCACUGAUGCAAUGUAUUAUUUCUUUCCAGUUUUUGUAAUCUUGAUAAAUACUGUUCUACCAACAUCACUUUUUCCAGGAAGUAUUACAAAAUUGAAGUAAGAACUUAGUAUAGAUGUCAUAGCUUUUCAGUAUAUUACCUUGGAUCAAAUUUACAGUUCAAAUUGGAUUUCUAAGACCAUACCAAAAAACUCUUUAAUUUUGUAGUUAUUAACUACAAUAUCUGUUCUAAGAGUUGCCCCAUAUCAUUAAAGAAAACUGAACUGAUUGGAAAUGUUGCAGAGUCUUAUUGUCUAUGUUGGUUAGAAAUCUCUUAAAAGGAAUAAAAACCUUUCUGAGAUAUAGCUUUAGCACUUGAAAAUUAGAAGGGAGAAUGUAUGUCAUAGAGUUGAUUUGAGUAGCACUGUUAACUCCUGUCUGUGCUUCUACACUGUACAUAUCUCAGAAUUAGUGUGCAUUGGACCUUCUUUGAAAACUUGUUUGUCUGAUUUUAGAGGGUGGAGGUUCUUGCUGUGUGGUGUUGUGUUUGUUUUAGGAGGCAUGUAAUGCUUCCAUAAAGAGGGAAUUUGUUAGAUAAAUGGAUCAAGUUAUGACAAACAUUCCUUUAUUCUAACUAUUUUGCUUUGUUUCACCUCUGUUAGGAAAUAGUUUGAUUCCUCCCAUAUAUAUUUUUAUGAAAAAAUAUUUAAAAGCUACAACUUCUUAAAAUUGAUUUAUUGUGCCCUUUGCUACAACUGGAAAAAUAUUUAGUUUUUUUCCAUAUCUAUCUUUCAUAGUUGUAUUAAAUGUGAAGCUUUGUCCAGUUAAUUUUCCAGUUUAGUACACAGUUAAUGUUUUUAUUUGUAUCCCUUUGUAAUGGCUAUAAUUCAUCCCGUUUCACUUGAGAAUGAGUUGAAGACUGAAUUUAUUCUUCAGAAGAAGCUGAUAAAUUAGGCUUUCAGGUUAACACAAACUUUGGGCUGCUUAUUGAAUAAGUAGGAGUGAUUAUAGCAACCAAGUUGAUAAAAUAGUUCUAGUUGUAAGUUGUCAGUAAAGUUGAGUUGAUGCCCAACAAAAUAGUAACUCUACGUUCUGUAUCUUUUACAGUUUGGUUCCUUACUCUACAGAAUAAACAUUUCUAGUACAAAAUCUUGACUGCACAUAACUAUCCAUUCUUCAAUCACUGUAGUGCUAUUUAUGGUUGUUACAGCAUACUUUGCUAUAUGUUUCAACUAAUUUAAGUCACAGUUCUUGGGUAAUUGCUUCACAGCUCCUGAAGUUAUUACAGACUUGGACUUGCUUGACCUAAAAACUCUGGGGCAGCAUGCCAUGAAAUAUGCCCAGUCUGCUUCAGUGGAAGUAGCUGUAUUAUGUAUUGGUUUGAAGAAGUAAAAAUUAAGUAGUGUAACUGUGAAUCUAUCAAAUCUGACCAUAAAACUGGAAGACUGGAGCUCACAAAUUUUGAGGGAAUUGUAUACAUUAAAUAUUCACAAAACUGUUCCAUGUCUGAUGUUUCUAACAAAGACCUUCACUGAAUAUGUGUGCCUUGCUUUCAAGUUGUACCUUAAGCCAGAAGGAGCAGAUUUGUACAGUUUCUAGCCUGGUACUUCGAUGCCAAAGCAUCAAAAUUGCAUCUGCAGUUUCUGGUUGUCUUGGUGCUGUCCAAAUCUUAAAGGCCGAGGGAACAAAUUAUGAAGGGAGCUUUUAAGGAGGUACUUAAGCUCUGAAUCUGAGGGUUAUAAUAGUCGUUUCCCUAAGGCAAACUGUUUCUUGUAAAAUUCAUUCUUUGGCACUGUAGUCUUGAAAUGUAAAUUUCAAGUUCACUUUCAAAAACUUCAAGAGAGUGUAUUUUUGCCUGUUACUGUUGACAUUGCUUUUUGUCUCCUUUUGGCCUUAUGGACAUUUUUGGCCUUUGGACUUUACAAAAAGCACUUUCGUUUUUACGAUGGCUUAAUCUUCAUCCUUGCCUUACAGGAGUUGCCACUCUGCCUACUAUUAGACAAGGAUUUCAGUUGUCCUAGGAUUUGAAGAGAGUAAUGAAAUGUAGUGUCUGUUGCCUUCUGUAUCAUAACUAAAUAUAUAUAUUUAUAGUUCUGGAUGAGUCAUUCUUCCUGCAAAAGCAAUAAUCUUUUUUAUUUUUGUCCUUGGGGCAGAACUCACCCGCAUGAAUUGAUGAAAAACAAAUCUCAAAAUCUUAAGUUUUGCUUACCUGUUUUUACAUUAGGUUAUUCUUUCUUUGCCUGGAUAACUUUUUCAAGUUACUUAAAAUUUGGACUUUCAGACCUUACUACAUUUUAGCUCUUCAUUUGUAAUCUAGGCUUCAGUAAGCCGGAAGAAAACAUAAUUGUCUAAUCUUGUUUCCAGAAUUUUGGUAUGAGAAAUAUUAGAAAUGGAAAUGACUAAAGAACUUGCCGCAUUCCUAUACCUAAUAAAAUAAUGCUUGGUUAGCUGUAGUAAUUUGUCCUGGUCAAUUGCCAGGUCUCACAGAGAGAAGGCUUCUUCCCAUGUACAUGGAUUUGAAUUGAGUGGUUCAUGCAGACUGCGGUUAGGGGUUUUAUUUUGUUCUGUUAAAACCCUGCUGUCUUGUCUGAACUCUUUCAAGACUUGCAACAGAUGAUUUCAAGCGUUUUUUUUCCGCAAGUGUAUGCUUUGGUUUAUGUGCCAGACUGUAUUAUCAAAACCAGUUCUUUGCUAACUAAUAUGUAAUUUCUAAGUACAAACACAAUACAGAGCAGCUUAACUAAAAUUUCAGAAUAUUUACUCCUAUUUGGACACUUUCUGCUCUUAACAAGUUGCAAAGGUGUUUUUUUGGUUUUCCUAUGUGAAUUAUAUGUGAACAUGGCACUUUAGAAACACUGCUUUUUGUGCAAUCCAGUGCCCAAAUUUAGGAUUAAUCAAGGCAUUUGUCUUGCAGAGAAGGCUCAGGCUACUUCUGACAGUGUUGUAAUAAUAAAGUAAAUGAUGUAUGUUAGGGUAUUGUAUUUUGAAAAUUGGUAGUUCCUGAAAAACAUUCUAGUGUUUUUCUUAAACACUUCUUUGAAAAUUUUAGUUGUGUUUAUAGAAUUACCCAGAAUUUUCAAAUGCAAUGUGAAGCUUUAAGAUACAAGUAAUUUGGCUUCUGUAAGCAGGGUUAAAAUGUAUCUCCCAUCCUUUUGCUUUUCUUUGGUGGGGGGUAUCUGAGUAACUGCACCUGAAGUGAUUUUGUUGGGGGCAAAACUUGAAAUGGAGCAGAGAAGGGAGCAAUUUCAUAGUCACGCUAAGCUGAAAGUAAUGUAGGUUGCAGCCAAAUGUGGGGUUCUGCCCCUUCUCUUGUUCUAGCACUAGCAUUUUUGGUUACGUGGUAAGCUAGAUCGGGAAGCUGGUAUGACUGAAAACUGACCUCGUUGUUGUUCAUUGUUUUUCAGCUGGAUUAAGUCGGCUGAUAGUAAUCCUGCAAGUACCAAAAUAUUUGUAUUUAAACCAGAAGAAAAGAUAGGGAGAAAAUGUACAUGAGGGUGUAAGGCAACUGCUGCUUUCAACUGCACUUUUUAUUGAUUGAAAAACUACAGUAGAGUGCACUAGGUGUGUGAUCUGGAAGACCUCAUUGACCUGGAGUCCAGUCUUCAAUGCAGGAAUGAAGCUGGUCUGUUUGGUAGCCCUGACAUGCCAAACUAGGUAUUUAUGAAUUUUUGCCAGGUAGUGUGGGGGAACGGGGAAUAAUAUACUCUACUAUAUUGAGAUGUAUUUUAUCUGUCACAGUUCCUGGGUUACCAAGAAGUGGAAGGUGCUAAUGGAAAUGUACAAAUAGAAAUUCUGGAGAUAAAAUUUCUCUUGGAUCAAAAAACAAGAUUCCUUUUUGUAAUGGCCAGGAAACACAGCUUCUUUUUACAUGGACCUUUAUGUAUCACAGUAGGUCUUCCAUAGAGUUUUGUGAGAGUACAUUGUAUGCCUCUGUGUGUGUGUGCUGGAGGUUUUUUGUCUGUUUUUAUCUUUUAAGAAGUUCGUUAGUGGAUUCUUAAGGUACAGUUAUUUUUUGUUCCAUUUGAUUCUGCAGUUCAGGGCUUUUCUGUGCUCUAGGAGGCUGAAACUAGCUUAAUAGCCACUCUUAAGCUUCCUAUGUAGUGUGGGUCAUUGCUCUCUUAACUGUUCUCUGCAGAAAAUGUGUUUUUAAAGGACUUGAACAUGAGGCAGAAACAGUCACAGUACUUGUACAGACCCGCUGAGAGCUUGCAUACAAAGCAAACUAGUCUGUUGACUGUAGUAAUAGUCACCUUAUUGUACAAGUGUUUAGGUUACUUUUUGCACAGGCUAUAAGAAAAGAAAAGCCUUGCGAACUGUAGGCUUUGGGGGGAAAUUUAGGCUAGAUCCUUUAAAAUGAAGAGAAUUCUUCAAAAGACUGAUACCAGUCUUCGUCUCGGUGAGUGGUAGGGAUGUGGUUUCCUUUAUUGACUGUAAUUUAAAAAAAAAGUGAAUGUCCUGUUCAGGUUUGAAUUUCUCACAUGGCUAGUAAUGGAAAUUGCUAGUUUAGUCCAGGUGGUUUUUCUGUAUGCCGUAGGUUGUUGUAAGGGAUCUAUAUGGUGACUAUCCCCUCCUUGCAGCGCUGUCCUCUGCUCUCCUCUCACUGCUCCCUGAACUAGUCACGUUUGUAUCUGGUAAGCCUAGUUCUGUACACAUUAAGGAAUUCAGAGAGCUCUUCAGAACUAAAAUAGAAGCAGCGCAUGCCUGAAUGUUUCUAGAUCAGACGGGCAAGAAGUAAUAACCACAUCAAAGCGAUAUACAGAGUGUCAUCAGAACCCACUUAAUGCAAAGUGCAACUCUUAUUAAGAGUGUAUCAUAACGUAUUUAUCCUAAUUUCAAAUGUAGCGUUUGAAUAUAGCACAUGUUCAGAUAGCAAGUGCCUUUGUUGGUGAAGUGGAGCUACUACUCACAGCUGCAACUGUCAGUUCCCCUUGUGUGAAUGAUGGGUGAGGAGCUCGGAGCUGCACCUGUGUUAGACUUCUUUCUGCUUUUUAGAGAAGCUCUUUUUGUGUUGACAAGACAAAGAUGACAAAUCUAAUUUCAGGUUUAAAAAAUAAAUAUGCUCCCUAGUUUUGAAUCUAAGACAUUUGCUAUUGAUCUUUCUUUAUGCCCUGUCAGUUGCUUUUAUUUUGGGUUUCUGCAAGUACUUUAUUCAGCUCAAGGAUGGCAAAUCUAUGAUAAGUGCGCCAGAAGUGACUUUUUUAUUAUUAUUUGUUUGGAAGAUUUUUGCAGAAUCGGAGUAUGUAAGGUAUAGUUUUUCAGUAUUUGUUUUUUUCUUAUUUAUUGUUGCUAAUGUUAAGGUUGAGCAUUGUCAUGUAGCACAACAUAGUUGUCACUUCUUUAUUCUGAACACAGCGAUGUUAUCCAAUCUGAUAUACUGAAGUGAAAUAGAUAUGAGUAGUAUAUGAACAGUAUAGUAUGACUGUUUUAGCAGGAACUGGUAUUUCUGAAUGGUUUUGUUAGUCUCAAAAUUUUCCGUGUUGCAAUUCACUAUUUGCCUUUCUCAUUUAGGAAACUGGGCACUUACGAUCUCUGAAUUUUUAGGUUCUACUUCUGUUGUAUACAACUUAACAAAGCUAUUGGCAAAUUAUGAGCAAGAACUUGAUUUUGUAUUGUCUUAUGUUAGCUGUAAGGUCAAAUGUUGAAGAUGUAUCUUGCAUUGUAAUCAACAGAUAAAUAUUCAGUCCGUGGUGAUGGGAAUGCUGUAAUGGGAUAUGAAUUUCAAAUCUUCAGCUCCAGGCUUUAACCAAGCCAAAACUACGUUGCGUUCUCACACAGGUGAUUCCUCCUCUUUGUUUCUUAGAUUCAUCAUUACCUUUGUUUUGUUUAUUUAGAUUGUAUGUUCUUUGUGGCAAGGGUUGUCUUUCGUGUGUGUACAGUACCCAGGCCAGUAAGGCCUGGAGCCCCAGUCCGUGGAAGCUGUAAUAAGCAGUCACUUUGUUAUCAUUUUCCUGGAUAUCAAAAUAAAGAGUAUCUGAUUAAAA